AUGCUAUUAGCCAAUCCAAGAAAAGAAUCUUAUCGGAGGCCAGUGAUGAUGCAACCAAUGCACUGCACGCCAGCUAAGAUGGGGGCGGGGGCUAGGAUUGAUUGGCAGAGCAGACUCCUAUGGUUGAGGACGACAUUCCUUGGGUCUCAGGUGCUGAGGGGAGGAGCUGAGCGGCUCGGGUGCGCUGGAAGUGGCCUCCAUGACCUUCGAGGGCCAAGAAAGGAGCUAGGAGGCCGGCGGGAGUCCCGGAGGACCGGCCUUCCAGUCCCCAUGAAGCAGGCGUUCUCGCUGCCAGGCCCGACAGCGUUCGCGUACCUGACCGCGGCUGGCAGCCAAAUCCCCGGCGUCUGCGCUCGGGAACGAGAGUCCUUGGCCAGGACGUGCAGCUCCGGAGCCCUCGCGGGCGACCUUGACCAUCCAGAGGAGGCCUGGUCUUCAAGGUCCUUCAGGAUCUGGGCACAGCGUCCCUCUCCAGCUUUCCUCCCACGCACGCACUCAACCAGAUCCCGCUGUCAGCAGCUGGCUGGUACCCCAACUGCCUCUUCUUUUAGUCGGGCUGUACCUCCCCACCUCCCGUCUUCACCUGGUGAUCUUCAAGACCCAAAGUAAAUGCCUCCUUCAUAAAGACUUUCCUUAAUCCUCA